AUGAGCUCUCCUAAACACCAGCUGCCGGGCAUACCCGAGUCUAUAGAGACUCAACCGGAUGAAAGCUCCCGCCUGCUUCCACCCGCCUCGUUGUCAUCCUCAAUCAGUACGGUGGCUGCUGAUGAGAAUGACUAUGAAAAGACCCAAGGAUGGCUGGCGGAGAUGUGGUUUUUGACAAAAGCCUCCAUCCCAGUCAUCCUCGCGUACAUGCUGCAAAACAGCCUUCAGACCUUUUCUAUCCUCAUCGUUGGACGCCUGUCUCCUGAAGCUCUGGCCACUGCCGCCUUCUCUUUCAUGUUUGCUAUGGCGACAGCCUGGCUCAUUGCCCUCGGCGGAACCACCGCCCUUGACACUCUGGCAUCGAGCAGCUUCACAGGCUCAUCGGACAAGAAGAGCCUGGGGAUCCUUCUCCAGCGAGGCAUCAUUGUGCUCACUGGCUACUAUAUGGUCGUCAUGGUCAUCUGGUUCACAUCGGAACAUAUCUUCCGAGCUCUAGGCCAAGACGAGUAUAUUUGUCGUCAAAGUGCUCGCUUUUUGCAGCUUCUGGCCCCUGGGGGACUUGGCUACGUCUGGUUCGAGUGUAUGAAGAAAUAUCUCCAGGCGCAGGGCGCAUAUCGGGCGGGUACCUACGUUCUGCUCAUCACGUCUCCUCUCAACGCACUUCUGAACUAUUUGUUCAUUUAUAAGAUGGGCCUUGGGUUGGAUGGAGCGCCAAUCGCUACAGGAAUCUCUUACUGGCUCUCUUUCAUUCUACUGGUGGCCUACUCGGCUUUCAUUCAAGGCAAAGAGUGCUGGGAUGGAUUCGCCCCACGAAAGGCAGUCGCUCAUCUCUGGCCGUUUGCUAGACUGGCUUUUCUCGGGGUCAUUCAUGUCGGAACAGAGUGGUGGGCGUUUGAGAUUGUUGCUCUUGCUGCUGGCCGCCUCGGAACAAUCCCGCUUGCCGCCCAGUCUGUUGUGAUGACGGCGGACCAGAUUAUCAACACAAUACCUUUUGGACUGGGGGUAGCGGCAUCCUCUCGCCUUGGUAACCUAUUGGGCGCCGAAGAUACCUGGGGAGCAAGACGCUCUGCACACAGCGCUGCAGUCCUGUCGGUGAUAUUCGGCACAGUGAUUCUAACCGUGUUGAUGAUAUCCAAGAGAGAGAUCGGAAGGCUCUUCAACGAUGAUGAGCGAGUCAUUGACCUUGUGGUUGCGAUCAUGCCUUACGUUGCAUUAUUCCAGAUUGCGGACGGAUUGAAUGGUAGUUGCGGGGGAGCACUUAGAGGCAUGGGUCGCCAAUGGAUUGGAGCAGUCGUAAAUUGUAUUAGCUACUACGGUUGUGCUCUACCUGGUGGUAUCUAUCUGGCGUUCCAUGGAUGGGGGCUACAGGGGCUCUGGAUGGGACAGUGUGUAGCUCUGUUUCUUGUUGGUAUACUAGAAUGGAUCAUCGUAGGACUGAGUAACUGGGACGUAGAAGUGAAGAAAGCAUCGGAUCGACUGGUGGCCGGCGGAAUGGGAGGCGGUGGAUAUGGCACUAUUCAUGGUGAACCGUAA